AGAACAAGGCGUGCCUUCCGCUGCGAAAUAAAAAGUGAGAGAGAGAGAAUUCACGGCGAUUUGGCCGAAGAAGCGAGAGUCUGUAGGCAUCUGGCAUUUGAAUUUGUUUCAUACGGCGGAGAAGUUUGUGGUUACUCGCUUACUGUUUCAUCGAUACUUUUGUCGCUAAAACACACGCAGAAUCUCUGAGAUUUUUCUUUCCCUUUAAAGGACAACAAGAGUUGCUUCCCUCUGUCUCGACGAAAUCAGAGCGAUGGAGUGGACUGCUUGCCUCGGCGAAUAUGAGAAGCUCGUCUUCCGGAUGAACACCCCCAGGGUCGUGAUCGACAAUGCCGUCUGCUCCACUGCGACUUUAGUCAAGGUUGACAGUGCUAGAAGGCAUGGAAUUCUUCUGGAGGCUGUUCAGGUCCUCACGGAUCUCAACCUCUCCAUUAAAAAAGCGUACAUUUCUUCUGAUGGUCGCUGGUUCAUGGCUGUUUUUCAUGUAACUGAUCAGAACGGGAAUAAAUUAACAGACGAGAGCGUUAUUAACUAUAUUGAGCAGUCACUUGAGACAAUUCAUUUUGGUACAUCCAACUGUAGUAACGGUUUUACGGCCCUUGAGCUCACCGGGACAGACCGAGUAGGCCUUCUUUCCGAGGUGUUUGCGGUGCUAGCUGACCUGCAAUGCAUUGUGGUUGAGUCCAAGGUGUGGACGCACAAUGGCCGAAUUGCUUCAUUGAUUUAUGUUAAGGAUUGUGAUUCCGGUUGCCCGAUUGAGGACUCACAGAAAAUUGAUAGGAUUGAAGCGCGGUUAAGGAAUGUUCUUAAAGGGGACAAUGAUAUUCGAAGCGCGAAAACCUCAGUUUCAAUGGCAGUUGCACACACCGAAAGAAGACUGCAUCAAAUGAUGUUUGCAGAUCGCGAUUAUGACAGAAAGCCCGUUUUACAGCAUUGCACCAAUUCUCCGGUCAUAACGGUGCAGAAUUGGGCUGAAAGGGGUUAUUCCAUAGUGAAUAUUCAGUGCAAGGAUAGGGCAAAGCUUUUGUUCGACGUUGUUUGCACGUUGACAGACAUGGACUACGUGGUUUUUCAUGCCACUAUUAAUACAUCUGGGGACAGAGGGUACAUGGAAUUUUACAUUAGGCACACUGAUGGAACCCCAAUUAGCUCUGAACCCGAACAACAGCGUGUAAUCCAAUGCUUACAGGCCGCGGUUCAAAGAAGAGCAUCUGUGGGUGUGAGGCUAGAACUAUGCACCGAGGAUAGACAAGGUCUUCUAGCUUAUGUUACAAGGACAUUCCGCGAGAACGGUCUAAACGUGACGAGGGCCGAGAUAUCCACGACAACGGACAAGGCGCUAAACGUAUUCUACGUGACGGAUGCAAUGGGAAACCUUGCGGAUGCGAAAACCAUAGAAUCAGUGAGACAGAAAAUCGGGUUGAGUAACUUGAAAGUGAAGGAACUUCCAUUGAUUUACCAUCAAAUGAGGGAGAGGGAGGAGCAGCAAGGAGUUGGUGGGGCAGUUUUGUUAUCACUUGGGAGCCUAGUGAGAAGGAAUCUGUACAAUUUGGGGCUCAUCGGAUCUCAUUAUUAAGGAGGAAGUUUCCAAUUUGGUGGGGAGAGAGAGAGAGAGAGAGAGGAAUUGGGCGACAGUAGUUGGACAUUGUAGGUGGGUUUGCUUUUUUUUUUUUGGGUCGGCGAAUUGAAAGGCUGGAGGGGUGGGGCCCACCAUUUUAAAAUACAGUUGUUUGAAUUUUGGAGAGGGAAAAACAAAUGAGAAUGUAAAAAGAAAAAGCAGUGGUGGUAAAUUCGUGUUGUGUAAGUGAUGUUUUAGAGAAGACAGGGACUUAGAGAGGUUAGGUAAAAAGGAAAAUUAGAGUUUGGGGAAUAUACAGCAAAGCAAAGCACCAAACAUUUGUAUAGAAGACUGUUUCUUAAGUAUUUAGCUUUUUAAUGGUUGACUUGAUUUUCUGAAUGAAACAUUACCUAAUCUUUA